CACAUCAAAAUUCAUAACGAGUACAUCUCUGUACACCAACCGCCUAUCAUAGUUCGAGUGCACUCUUGUUGUAUAUUUCGACGAAAAUCUUUAUAAAACACUUGAAAGUAGAGUCAGUGUUUAUAUUUGAUCUUUAUGUAAGUUCUAAAGGUUGCUGAUAUCAGGAAACACUUUGACGCCUUGCGCAGGCCUGUGCCACCUACUGGCUGAGUCUACAGGCACGUGUAACAAAGGUUGGUCGGACAAGAUGGUGGGCACAAGUUUCGGCACCUGGAUUUUUCUUGUUCUGCUGUUUAAAGAAACGACCCAGCAGACACCGUUAGUGAAACAGAACUGUAAUUUUGACGUGGACGGAGACCUGUGCGGGUACAUCCAGUCUCAGGGGGACGAUUUCGACUGGACACAGGACACGGGCGCCACCCCGACAUCCUUCACGGGACCCACAGAUGACAUCACGGCGGGACAAACUGGUACUGCAGGUUAUUACAUGUACAUCGAGACGUCCUCACCUCAGAGUCGGGGUGACAAGGCGCAGCUACUGACGCCGCUGUUAGCGCCCACGGCAGGGAGAUGCCUCACUUUCUACUACCACAUGAAGGGCCUGUCCGUCGGCACGCUCAACGUGUACAAGGUGGCAAGGGGACAGCAGACCCGGCUGUGGACCCAGUCCGGAGCCCAGGGGAACCAGUGGAACUAUGCCGAGGUCGAUUAUGACAGCAAGGACCAAUAUCAGUUUGUAUUUGAAGGGGUGGUGUCUGGCACUUCUGGUGACAUCGGACUGGAUCAUAUCAUCAUGAAGAACGGGCAAUGUAGCGGCAGUACCGCGCGAUGUGGAAGCCCUCUCGGUUUGGAGGACGGAAACAUCAUGGACAGUUCUAUCUAUGCGUCCACGUCCAAACCGGCUAACCCUGCUUCGGACGGACGCCUCAACUCCGGCAGCUACUGGUCACCACAGGACAGCGACCAGGACCCGUGGUUUGAGGUGAACCUACAGAGCCACGCACGCACAGUCGUGACGGGGGUGAACACCCAGGGGUCGGGGGACACCUGGGUCUCUAAGUACAAGAUCCAGUACAGCGAUGGUGCGAGAAUCUGGACUACUGUCGGAGACUUCAGCAAUGUGGACACGGAGUUUGACGGCAGCCAGAACGGGAACCGCAUCACUUUUAACGAACCAAUCGAGGCGCGGUUCGUGCGGAUCAAGCCAACCCUGUGGAACAACAAUGAAAUCCGCCUGAGAGCGGAGCUGUACGGUUGUGAUGCGGCAGGCAUCAAUGAAUGUGCAAGCAACCCCUGUCAGCACGGUUCUACGUGCGUGGACGCUGUGAACUGGUACAGGUGCUACUGUACAGACGGUUGGACGGGAGACAACUGUGCACAGGAUAUCAAUGAAUGCAGCCAGAACAUUUGUCAAAACGGAGGAGUCUGUUCCAACACCCCCGGGAGCUACUCUUGUACGUGCAGUCCGGGCUUCAGCGGAGCAAACUGUGAAGCAACUGUACUAGAAGGAACAAACUUCGUGACCUGCGACUUCGACACUGACUACUGUGGCUGGCAGUUGGGUAGCGAGAACCAGCUGAGCGUUUCCAGAGAACAGCAGGACGGAUGUGGUCGGUACGGUCCGUCGGGCGACCACACUCAAGCAGAUGGAUCAGGUUACUACCUGUGCAUGCAGAGCGGCUCCAGCGACCCACAAGGCGGCACUGCUCGCAUCACCAGCCCCUGGUACUACGACACGUCCCCGCGUACCCUCAGCUUCUGGUACAUUUCCAAGUACUUCACAUCUGACACCUUCCUGAACGUGUAUCUGCAUCUGGACGGUGUUGACUUUGACGUUCCCGCAGUGAGCCUCAACCGACGGGUGACAGAUUGGACGUUUGUGGAGGUCAACGUCACGAGGACGCAGUUUUUCCGGGUUGUGAUAGAAGCUAUCAGGCCGGGUUUUGCAAGGCCACAGGUCGGAAUAGAUGACGUGGAAAUUUCAUCAGUAGACUCAGAUGACUGCGCCAGUAGCCCGUGUAAGAACGGAGCCGUGUGUGAGGAUCUACUCUUCCAGUUCAACUGUGUGUGCGCGGCAGGAUGGGAUGGGCCGACAUGCGAGGGAAAUAUAAACGAAUGUGCCAGUAACCCAUGUCAACAUAACGGACAGUGUCGAGAUGAUGUCAACAGUUACACUUGUUCCUGUACCUCAGCGUGGGCCGGCAGCAACUGCGAACUUGCGGCCUCACAGGCAGCCUGUGCAGGGUAUCCCUGUCAGAACGGCGGUGUCUGUACGGCGAGCGGGAACUCCUACAGCUGUCAGUGUGCAAGUGGAUGGGGAGGCCAGACCUGUGUCGAAGACGUGGAUGAGUGUUCGAGCAGCCCCUGUCAAAACGGCGGAUUGUGCUUGGAUUUCUUCAACUACUUCAACUGCACUUGCGUGGAAGGGUACACGGGAAGCUUGUGUGAAAUAGACAUAGAUGACUGUGCCAGUGGCCCCUGUGUUAAUGGCGGGACCUGCCGAGACGGAGUCAACAGCUUUUCCUGCUCAUGCACAGCUGGAUUCACCGGGAAUGACUGUAGUGAAGUUAUCCUCCAGCCUCUGACACCUUACCUCUGCACGUUUGAUGAUGCCGACAUCUGUAACUGGAGACAGGCCGCAGAUGACGACACGGACUUCACCUGGAUUGAUGGACAGUGUGGUAGCAAUGGGCCACCGGGCGAUCAUACUAGGGGUCCAGGUGGAUAUUAUUUCUGCAUGGCAGCUUCCACCACACCACGGGACGGCAAGGCCAGGCUGGUCAGUCCAUACUUCCGCGCAACGUCCGACCGGACCCUGAGGUUCUGGUACUACAAGAAGAGUUACGGUUCGUCAACAACCAGCGUGUACGUCACUUCCGGUGAUGCACUUGGUAACGCCGUUUGGACUUCUGGCACGGAUAGAAACGACGACUGGAUAAUGGUAGAGGUCGACGUCACAGGAAUGUCACGAUUCCGCGUCGUUUUUGAAAGCGUGAGGACUGGUUUUUCCUUCGCUGACCUCGCUAUUGAUGAUGUGUCCAUUGAAGAUCCAGCUCGAGGCUCGGCGGACUUCGAGGACGAUCUCAGUGCCUACAUGUACACACAGGCCACAGAUGACGACAUGGACUGGUUGAGAAAUUCCGGCGGCACUCUAAGCAGUGGCACCGGCCCAGCAAAUGACCACACCACUGGCAACGGUCAUUACAUGUACACGAAAGCGUCUCUGAACAGAAACAAGGUGGCGAGACUAGAAUCCCCCGUCAUCCAGCCGACAGCCGGGUCAUGUCUGCAGUUCUUCUACCACAUGUACGGGUCGAACGUCGGCACGCUUAGUGUCUUUGUACGACCGUCCGGACAACCGCUGGGAAACCCUGUGUGGACCAAGACGGGUGAGCAGGGCGAUCUCUGGCUGAAAGGAGAGUAUGAAGUCGUCAUUCAGCAACCUUUCCAGGUAGUGUUUGAAGCUCUGAUUGGCCCGUCGUUUUCAUCGCGAGGAGACAUUGCUCUUGAUGAUGUGCUGGUGGAAAUUGGACAGUGCGAUUCACCAGACUUCGACGACUGUCUGAGUAACCCAUGUCAACAUGGCGGGACUUGCCAGGACGGUUUGGGACAGUACAGCUGCACCUGUCCGUCUGGCUGGCACGGCACUCAGUGUGAACUCGACAAUGACGCGUGUGCAUCGUAUCCUUGUGGAAAUGGAGGGACGUGCAACGACGGGCCGACGGGAUACGUCUGUAUCUGUGCUCCAGGGUGGAUGGGAACGGACUGCGAACUGGAAAUCAACGAGUGUCAACAGCACACCAAUCCGUGUCACUUUGGCACCUGCCACGACCUGGUCAAUGGCUUCUAUUGCAACUGUACCGUAGGGUGGGAGGGCGACAGCUGCGGCACUGAUAUCAAUGAGUGCCUCAGUCAGCCUUGCAUGUUUGGGGGAGCUUGCACCAACGAGAUAAACGGCAUUUACACAUGUAGCUGUCUGCCAGGCUUUCAGGGACACGACUGUGAACAGGUGCUCCUGAACCCGGAUGCCACGUACGGCUGUGACUUCGACACGGACCUCUGCAGCUGGGAGCAGGAUCAGCAAACAGACCAGAUGGACUUUACGUGGAGCAGCGGGAGGUGCGGUACAUGGGGACCGACCGAAGCACAUGUACCGGCACCAGGUGCCCAUUUCCUGUGCAUGGAGACCACGUCCUCGGCUCCGAACGCUGUGGCGAGGCUGAUCAGUCCAGUGUUCGUCCCCCAAGUCCACAUCAACAGGGCGCUGAGGUUCUGGUACUUUAAAAACGUGGUCGGAAACUCGGGCUUCCGUGUUUACCUGAUACAGAACGGGAACCUGGACCCGAACCCCAUCUGGGAGGAGACGGGGAGGGCUGGCGAAUGGCGGAUGGCAGAAAUCAACAUUAAUGGAAGAAGUCAAUUCCAGAUCGUCCUGGAGGGAUUCAGAAGUGGAACGAAUCUACUGGAUCUGGCUAUUGAUGACGUCACAAUCGUUGAUCCAGAUCAGAAUGAGUGCAACAGCAACCCGUGCAUGAACGGCGGGGUCUGCACCGACGGGUUAUUCUCCUACACCUGCAACUGUCGGCCGCAAUGGGUUGGGGCACAUUGUUCUUAUGGAAUUGGGUCUUGCGACUUCGAAGAACCCCUCUCCAACUUCGCCUAUCUUCAAGACGACACAGAUGACUUGGACUGGACCGUGAUUUCUGUGGCCUCUAGGAGACCUUCCACCGACCACACCACAGGGACCGGUUCCUAUGCUUAUAUCGGAAGCGCGGGGGCAUCACCAGGAGACAGAGCGCGGCUACUGUCUCCAAUCCUGUCCGCCACGGCCUCGUCAUGUGUGCAGUUCUGGUACUACAUGAGCGGCGCGGGAGUGGCGAUCUUAAACGUCCUCACGCGACGUCCUCAGCAGCAGGACGUGCUGGUGACCAACAUCACGGGAGACCAGGGUGAUCAGUGGAGGAUGAAGGAAGUGGAGCUGGUGUCCAACAGUGACUUUGUGAUCGUCUUUGAAGGCAUCAAAGGCCCUAGGAUAAACGGAGACAUCGCCAUUGAUGACAUCAGUGUCACGGGAGGGGCAUGUACAUCGCCUGGUAAGUGCAGACGAAACUCCAUGGAGUUUUCAAUAAUCAAGUCUUCGUUUAUCCACAUCUGA